AUGCCUUCCGGAACAUGCCUCUGCGGGGAUAUUGCCGUUGAGUAUACCGGUGAGCCGGCCGUCACAGCUUUAUGUCACUGUGUCGACUGCCAAAAGUGGACCGGUGCAGCUUUUACAUCCAACAUUGUCGUACCGCGCACAAACUUCCGAGUCCUCCGAGGAAAUCCAAAAGCAUUCGACGCAAUCGGGGCUUCCGGAAAGAUCAACAAGCAUUUCUUUUGCCCACGGUGCGGCAGCAACCUCUACUGCGAGCUCGAGAUUAUGGAGGAGAUGACGGUUGUUAAGAGCGGUAUCCUCGAUGGUGGCGCUUCGAAUCACGAGAUAUCGGUGGAGUUCUACAACAGAGACCGAUUGGGUUAUACAGUUCCGGUGUCAAGCGCAGCGCAGAAGCCCGAAUUCUCAUAG